GGAAGAAUCGAUUUUUCAAAUUACAGUUGCAAUGAUUUCUAAUCGAUAAAUCGAAAUGAUAUCUCGUCGAGAUUUUCGUUGAAUUAAAUAGUUUGUGGCAAAGUAAUUUAUUAUUUCCAAUUUUAUCGUAAUUAUGAUAUCUAUAAAGUUUAUCAUCAAGUAACAAACAGCAAGGUAAAGAAAACAUGAAAAUGCAGUGGACCAAUUUUCAAAGGCUUUUUAAAAUAGUUAAAAGAUACAAUUCAACAAAUAGUUUUCAAACUAGCAGUGUUUAUAGAACUUUUGUUUAUGGGAAUGAGGUGAAAGUAGCAAAAAAAAAUGGACAACCAAUUGUGGCCUUAGAGUCUACAAUUAUCACUCAUGGGAUGCCUUAUCCUGAUAAUUUAAAAACAGCUAUAAAAGUUGAAAAUGCUGUCAGAGCCAAAGGUGCUGUACCUGCAACCAUAGCAAUUCUAAAUGGACAGAUACAUGUUGGCUUAAGUCAGGAACAAUUAAAAACAUUGGCACAAUCGGAUCCUGUAAAAACUAUUAAAUGUUCUCGCAGAGAUAUAUCAUCUAUUGUUUCUCAAAAGCUUAAUGGAGGAACAACUGUUAGUGCAACAAUGUUAAUAGCAAAUUUAUCUGGUAUACCAAUAAUGGCAACAGGAGGUAUUGGGGGUGUUCAUCGUGGAGGAGAAUUAACAUUUGACAUUAGUACUGAUUUAAUAGAACUUGGUCGUACCCCUGUAGCUGUUGUAUGUUCUGGUGUUAAAUCAAUUUUAGACAUUGAAAAAACAUUAGAAUAUCUAGAAACUCAAGGAGUCCCUGUUAUAAAGAUUGGUGACACCAACCAUUUCCCUGCAUUUUACUGUAUUGAAACAUUUCAAAAAAUAAAAGUACCACACAGAGUUUCUGAUUCAAAGGAAGCAGCAAACGUAUUAAAAGCUCAGAAGGAGUUAAAUCUGCAAACAGGAUUACUAUUUGCAGUUCCUAUUCCUCAAAAAUAUGCACUGGAUCCUAAAGAAAUAGAGUUAGCUAUAUGCAAAGCUUUAGAGAAUGCAAAAAGUAAUCAUGUAAGUGGAAAAAGUGUUACUCCAUUCUUAUUAGAAGAAUUGAAUAAAAUUACGCAUGGCCAAUCUUUGCAAGCUAAUAUGGCACUCAUAGAAAACAAUGCAAAUAUGGCAGCAGAAAUUGCAGUAAAUUUAGGCAAGAAACAUUUCCAAAGUUUUCCCAGCAGUAAUUCCACCAAGUGCCAGCUGAAAUCGGAACGAAAUCCAAUUGUGAUCGGCGGAGCCGUGAUGGACACCACGUUGCAAGUGAAGGAGGCUGAGAUAAAAGACGAUGGUAGAACGCAUGCCGGUAGAAGCAGAGAAAGUUGCGGUGGGGUCGGACGGAACGUCGCCAACGCCUUGAUCAGCCUUGGUCUAAACGGUACACGGUUAAUAUCCGUCAUUGGUAACGACCAGCCUGGGAAAGCUAUAAUUAAAAGCCUAGGAGAUGGUAGCCAAACCGUCGAGCAGUUGACGAAUAUGAACACGGCUAGAUGCACGGUGAUAAUCGACUACAAAGGCGAGUGCCACUUUGUAAUCGGUGAGAUGGAAAUAUUGGCCAGUAUUAGCCCAAAUUUGAUAAAGAAACACCAGUCGUUUGUAGAAAAUGCAAGCUUCAUCGUUCUCGAUGGUAAUCUGCCUGCGGACACUAUUCGUUACGUACUGGAUCUCGCAGCGUGUUCAAGAAUACCAGUAUGGUACGAACCUACGGAUAUAAAUAAGGCAACUAAAGUAUUUGAAGCAAAAUCACAAUGGCAAAAUGUUUUACACUUUAUAUCUCCAAAUCGAAACGAAUUAUCAGUUAUCGGAAAGUAUUUUGGUAUACCAAUACCUGAAAAUAAAUCAAUUAUGGAUUUAGAAGAAGUAAAAAUAAUUGCAGAACAAGUAGCUGAAUUUAUUCCAGUAGUUGUAGGUACAUUAGGAUCACAAGGAGUACUGAUUGUACGCAAAGCCUUGGGGAAUGAUCCUUUUUAUGAUAAAGAAGGCAAAUUGAUUGCAAACAAUAUGAUUACUUCACGUUUAUAUCCACCGUUAUCCUACAUUUCUGACGAUUCAAAUGAAACGUUCAAUGUGAGUGGAUGUGGAGAUUGCCUUACUGCUGGAAUAAUUUAUGGAAUUCAUAAGAAUUUAGACGAAAGGGGUUGUCUCUCUUUAGCUUUAAAGGCUGCUGCACUUUCUUUAACUUCGUUAGAUGCGGUUCCAAGUUCACUUUCCCUGUUAUGCAAUGAUGUCAAAUGUUGACAAAUAGAAUAAUUAUUACAAAUCAAUUUUGAAAAUUUGUAUAACCUUUUUCCAUAUGCGCAUAAUUAAAUAUCGUCAAAAUAAAGAUUUUGACAAGUAAUCCAAGA